CGGCGCCAUCGCAGCGGAGCGAGCGGGGCCGGGCGGCAGCAAGACAGUUUCAUGGCAUCUCUGUUGAUUUGUGAGUAAUCAGAAAUGCAAAUAGCCCCUGAGGAAUCAAGCUAAACUGAAAGAAACAUUACUUACAAACUUCAAGGAGUAUAUCAUGGAGUACCAGACUGAGGGAAAGGAGAAGCACCAGCAUAGCUUGAAUUUACUAGAUAAAAUUAAGAAUAUGAAAGAAUUAGAAGAAAUGAUUGAUGUGGUGCUCAUAGCAGAAGAGGAGAAAUUUCCUUGCCACAGACUGGUCCUCGCUGCAUUUAGUCCUUACUUCAAGGCUAUGUUCACCUGUGGACUACUCGAGUGCACUCAGAGGGAGGUCGUACUCUAUGACAUCACAGCAGAAAGUGUGUCAGUGAUACUAACCUACAUGUACAGUGCAGUUCUGGACAUCAACAAUGCCAACGUACAGACCGUAGCAAUGGCUGCCUAUUUUAUGCAGAUGGAAGAAGUCUUUAAUGUGUGCCAAAAAUAUAUGAUGGACCACAUGGAUGCCUCCAACUGCAUAGGAAUCUAUUAUUUUGCAAAGCAAAUAGGAGCAGAAGAUUUAUCUGAUCAGUCAAAGAAGUAUUUAUAUCAGCACUUUGCUGAGGUAAGCCUACAUGGAGAAAUACUAGACAUCGAAGCUCACCAGCUUCUGGCACUUAUUAAGUCUGAUGAUUUGAAUAUAUCCAGAGAAGAGAGCAUUCUGGACUUGGUUCUGAGAUGGGUAAAUCAUAACCAAGCAUUGCGUACAGAGCAUCUUGUUGAACUUUUGAAGCAAGUCAGACUGGAACUUAUAAAUGCUUCUUUUCUAAGACAGGCCCUAAGAAGGAACACGAUGCUCCUUUGUGAUAGUAGUUGCAUCGACAUGAUCCAGAAUGCAUUCAAAGCCAUCAAGAUGCCCCAGCAGCACUCCCCUAAUCUUCGCUAUGGCAUGGAGACCACCAGCCUGCUGCUUUGCAUUGGGAACAAUUCUUCUGGAAUCAGAUCACGGCACAGGAACUAUGGGGAUGCCAGCUUCUGUUAUGACCCCAUGUCACGGAAAACCUAUUUUAUUUCAUCCCCUAAGUAUGGGGAGGGUUUAGGAACAGUAUGCACUGGGGUAGUCAUGGAAAACAAUACUAUAAUUGUGGCUGGAGAAGCAACUGCCUCCAGGCUCUCUAGACAAAAAAGCAAGAAUAUUGAAAUUUAUAGGUAUCAUGAUAGAGGAAACCAGUUUUGGGAAAAGUUAUGCACGACUGAAUUUCGAGAGCUCUACGCUCUGGGCAGCAUCCAUAAUGACCUCUAUGUCAUAGGAGGACAGAUGAAGAUUAAAAACCAGUACCUCAUCACAAACUGUGUUGAUAAGUACUCCAUAGAUCAAGACAACUGGAAACGAGUGUCUCCCCUUCCACUGCAGUUGGCCUGUCACGCUGCGGUGACAGUGAACAAUAAACUGUAUGUCAUCGGAGGCUGGACCCCUCAGAUGGAUCUUCCUGAUGAAGAGCCGGAUCGAUUAAGUAACAAACUGUUGCAGUAUGACCCCAGCCAAGAUGAAUGGAGGGAGCGGGCACCCAUGCAGUACUCUAAGUACCGGUUCAGUGCUGCCGUCCUCAACUGUGAGAUCUACGUUCUGGGUGGAAUUGGCUGUGUGGGCCGAGACAGGGGACAAGUUCGGAAAUGCCUUGAUGUGGUGGAGAUCUACAACCCUGAUGGGGACUUCUGGCGGGAAGGCCCACCUAUGCCAAGUCCCCUCCUCUCACUGCGAACCAAUUCCACCAACGCGGGUGCAGUGGAUGGGAAACUCUAUGUCUGCGGGGGAUUUCAUGGAGCAGAUCGCCAUGAGGUUAUCUCCAAAGAAAUUUUGGAGCUGGACCCUUGGGAGAACCAGUGGAACGUUGUCGCCAUCAAUGUCCUCAUGCAUGACAGCUAUGACGUCUGCCUGGUAGCUAGGAUGAACCCCCGAGACCUCAUCCCACCACCUUCAGAUCUGAUCGAUGAGGGUGGUGACCACCGAGGGCAAAGAUGAGGGUCGCGCAGCUGGAGGGGCCAUAGCCUGGCAGCCAGGUCUCCAAAUGCACGAGCCAGCAUACUGUGUGGUGCUGAUGUUCUCAUUGCAUGCAGAGCGGCCGCUGUGUAAAGCUGCACUGAGCCGUGCAGGGCUGGCAGUACAGGGUCUUCCCUUAGAGGCAUCCCAGUCUAAUAGAGUAGAUAGGGUGGUGAUGAGGUUCAUGAGAGUGGGGCAAGGAGUCCAAGGAAGGCAGCGCCUCCUCUGCUGGGGGCUCAGGAAUACGGCCAAGCAGUCCCAUGGGUGCUUUUGAUGAUGACAUCCUGGGAGAGGCCAGUCAAAGGCCCUAAAGUAGGAAAGCUGGUGCCCGUCUGUGGCAUCUAGUCUAGCCUGGUCACAUGGCUUGCACACAAGAUUUGUCCCUGAGAGUAGAAAGCUUAUAACUAGGCGACCAGUGCCUGAAAGAGGAAGGAGCAUAGGUCUAGGCCUGGAUAGAGGAGCCAUCUUUCUUGGGGUUUUGCCCUAACUUAGUCUGUCUGUUAGAACUGCCCUGACCUACAGCAACAGUGCCCACUAUGGGCCAAAUGUUCGUACCUGAGCCCAGCUCUGUUUGGACCAUGGGCCACAGUGAGCAGAGCAUUCCUGGACACAGGAAUUGGGGCUAGUCCUGCAUGUCUAGACUGAACCUGCCCAGAGCCUUGGCCCAGCUCUCAGCUGUACAGGACCAUCCUCAGGUUGACUGAACAGAGCAGGUCUAAACAUGGGGGCCCAGGCUCUAGUGAGGAGAGAAGAGACGCCUAUUGCCUCCUUCAGAUCCCUCUCCUGGCUGGGAGGGUGAGGUAAAGCCUACUUCAGGGCGAGCAGGGAACAGUGAGCUCUCCCUAGAUAUGUUAGGGAUGAUGUGCAAAUUACACUUGGAAACCCAUCUAUUCUGUUUCCAUUCAUAUUUCUGGAUGCACAGCAGAUCCAGUUGGUGGCUGUUCAACAACUUCACAAGAGCUCCCGUGUAAGCAGAGCGGAUGCCCUGGGAUCUUCCUGGAGAACAGCAAACCCUGCAUGGAGACUGUGUGUGUGUGUGUGUGUGUGUGUGUGUGUGUGUGUGUUUUCUCUCCAGGUUCAACCCCUCCCUGACAGGAUAGGCAGGCUCAGUCAAACGGAACCACUUGACCUUGUUUCUGACACCAAGCUGGGAAUUCUGGGGGCCCAGCACAGGUGUGCCCCAGAAUGCUACACUCUGGGAGGCAGGGACCAUGCCUGUCUCUCUAGGGUCACCCCUAAGUCCCUGUUGCAUGGGUGGAGUUUGGCGUGAUCUGAGCCUGUAGGGGACGUCAAGUUCCAGUGUCCUCAUUCUGCCCCCUAGUGGAGGAUGGUAAACUGAGGUUUCCUUUUCUGAGGCAAACCAGAGCUGCUCCUCGCAUUGGCAGCCAGGAUGGGGAGAGGCUUUACUGUGCCUCUGCCCCCCUGACUCCCCUUCCAGAAUCCCUGUCCCUGCUCACCACCUCGGCUUGUUAGAAGCGGCCUGUCACCUGGAUGGUGGGCUGUAGUGGCUUAUCUUCUGAAUGCACUGGCCACUUGGCAGCCAGGACCAUGGCAGAACUUUUCCAAAUCUUGCCUUCCUAUACAGAAUGGGAAGGGAAAGCCCACAUCCUUUACAGGGCUGGUGUGUGGACUGAGUGAGAAAAUGCUGAGUGAUAGACCGUGUUAAACACAAACACCAUGAACAGGCUUUCGCUGCUGGCCUUCUUACUGCCACCAUGCAUUUCCCAGGACUAGGGGCAGAACAAGUCAGAGCCCAGCCUUAGGGAGUAUUAGACUUCAGCGAGAGAAGGGAAUGUGUUUCAGUUGUUUCUGAUUUCCCCAUGCUUGGCUACUUAGCAGUGAUGAGGACUCCCUUGGGUCUUCAGCCCCUUGAGAACAUAAGUAGACGCCUCCAGGGCAUCAUGGGAAGUGAGAGUCAUCCUGGGCUAGGACACCAUCGCUGUCAAUGCUACCAGGUAUGAGAAGGCAGCUUUGCAAGGAAGCUGCUGGGGAGGACUCAGGAGAGUGGCUGGACUCCCUGGAGCAGUUGUGCCGCAAGCUGGAGGAGAGGCAGGAGCUGGGACUAUUCUCAGCCUGAUUCCCCACAGGUGCGUCCAAGGUCUGGGAUAUCUGCUGUGAAUUCCCUUUGUUCUGUAUCCAGAACCAGAGAACAGGCUUGUGGGCUUUAGUGCUCACUUUCAGCUCAGGGCUUCUUGUCUGACUCUCCUAUUUGUGAUUCAAAACAACCCGCGCUGCCCUCCCGGAGAACUAUUGUUGGAGAUUCCAUUUGGACAGACCUCCUGUUACUCCUUCACUGUCACUGAAGGGCUUCUGACACUGCAUGAAGACCCUUAGAAAAUGCCUGCUACUGGGGCCUCUUAUCUUUGUGAGGCAGGAUUGCUGGGCGCUGAGCGAGGAAACACAAUGGGGAAGUAAUUUGGAUGCCGGGCUGAUAAAGGACUGCAGCUGUCAGCCUUACUGACUCAGUUCGUGCUCUGCACGAGGCUGCAUUGUUCUCAGGCUGACUUUAUAAUGAAGAAACGCUCUGACU